GAUCUAUGAAGUAAUAAUUAACGCACAAAACCGACUUUCUCUGUAAAAGAGAGAAAUUGUGCUGGUAUUUGUGCAACUAUAAAUCCUGUUUCAGGUCGUUUCUGUAACCAUUGAAGCCUCUGGUGGUAACUCAGUGUUUCGGUGAACAUGUCUGCGGAGGAAGCGGAUAAAACCACGACCACUGAUGCCAGCGCCGGCGAUGAGGAGGAGGAAUGGUUGUAUGGAGAUGAAUCAGAAAGUAAAGAAGAGGAUGAAGAAGCCAAAUUGAAUGCUGCUGUCGGUACACCUGCUAACAUAUCAACAGAUGAGGCGACUGUUGAAGCUGCACAGACCACAGGGAAUGGAGUGGCCUCUGAGGCCACAGGUGAAGCUGCAGGUGAGGAUGGGGACAGCGACAGCGACAGUGAUGAUGACGACGACGAUGUCCGUGUUACCAUUGGCGACAUCAAAACUGGAGCGCCUCAAUACACGACAUAUGGAGCCCCACCUGUUAACCUCAACAUAAAAUCAACUAGCUCCAGGCCAUACGGACAAGUGACAAAGCUGAAGGGAGUGGAUCUGGAGGCUCCAGGAAGCAUAAAUGGCGUUCCUGUUCUGGAGGUGGACAUGGAGUCCUUUGAAGAGAAACCUUGGAGAAAGCCAGGUGCGGAUCUGUCGGAUUAUUUCAACUAUGGCUUUAACGAGGACUCAUGGAAAGCUUAUUGUGAGAAGCAGAAGAGGCUGCGAAUGGGUCUGGAGAUCUCUACAGUUGGCUCAGUGACCAGCAAGAUCACAGUGCAGCAGGGCAGGACGGGGAAUGAAAAGGACACGUCCAGUUUGUCCCUUCAUUCGUCCAAGCCAGACUUCCCCUCCCCUGUCAGCCUCUACAAGUCAACACUCAAUCAGGUCAACAGGAAACCGAUUGGAACCAUAGAUGUGAUCGGUGCGCAGACGACCACAAUCAGCAGGGUAGAGGGGCGACGCCGACACAAUCUGGAGGGCAACAAUAUCCAGGUGAUUUCUGAGCACUCGACAACAGACCCUGAACCAGCUCCAGCUAAGAUUCCAACCUUCUUCACUCCUGGGCCAAUUCCUCCAAACAUCCCCCCGCCUCCAUUUCUGCCCCCACCACCAAACGUCAGCACCGCACCUCUCAUACCUCCACCGAGGUUGCCUAUCACUGUCCCUCCUCCUGGUUUUCCUCCACCAACAAGUGGCCCCCCUCCUUCUUUAAUCCCCACUAUGGACAGCCAUGCCGGAGGCUACGAUGGCCGCUCUGUCCCUCCGUUUGCAUUUCCCCAAGGUGCUUAUCCUCCACCCAUGCCUGGAGGUGUUCCUCCUUGGCCCCCCAUGGUGGACAACACCAAGCCCUGGGACUUCUAUCCUCGUCGAGAUGACAAGAGGGACAAGGAAAGAGAGAGACCCCGAGAGAGGACACAUGAGCGAGAGCGGGAGAGAGAGCACAGCCCUUCAGCUAUGAGCUACAACAGUGAUGAGGAGCGCUACCGUUACCGUGAGUACUCGGAGCGCAAUUACGUGGAGCGCCACCGCGACCGGUCCAGCCGAGAGAAAGAGGAGCGGCACAGAGAGAGGCGGCACAGAGAAAAGGAGGAGGGACGCCACAAGUCCUCCCGCAGUAGCAGUAGUCGGAGGAGGCACGACAGCGAGGAGGGGGACAGCCACCGGAGGCACAAACACAAGAAGAGUAAGCGGAGCAAGGAGGGCAAAGAGGCCAGUGAUGAUCUCGGUGCUGACCAGGAGAACCAGGAGGCCAUGGAGUAGGGAGGAGCACCUCCCGUCUUUUCCACUCUCUGUUUAUACUUAGUUUUGACCAAAUAGGAAGAUAUCAAGAAAAUUAGAAAGUCACUGAGCGAUUGUGUCGUUGUGCUCCCCAUCAGCCUGAAUUCAUCCUCAGCAUCUCUUCAGAACAAACCAAGAGGGAUGUGUUCAUCCUCCUCGUCCGUCUUUCCAUCAGUGUCUUCAGCUCCCUCCAUCGUCUGCUCAUCGCUCCAACUCUUAGCUGAUCACUUUGAACCAUCAGCCGAUUACUCUGUUUUUGUUUUUUCGUUUGAUAGAUGUAACUUUGUUCUUGUUUCGUAUGAAGACACCUAAGUUCAAUUAAAAAAAACACUUUUGAUAA